UAUAAUGGAGUUGGUAGACAUGAUCCGUGCCCACAAUAAGCUUACGGUCUAGGCAAGAGGUGACGCCUUCAUGGGCUGCCAACUAUUGUGACAAGGGAAGCCAAAGAACACAAUCCAGCCCCUUGGGGAAGUUGGUGCUCUGGGCCCCCCUCGGGGUCUGGCCCUGCCUGGCCGGCAUAGGUGGGGGUCCUUCCCUUCUGGCACCUGGGCUCCUUGGAUGGUUAAUUAUUUCCUCCUUGGCAUGAAUUACCCUGACAGGUAGUGCUGGCUGGGGCCAGGGCUCAGGGCUCCAGAAGUCCACUCGAUCCCCUUCCUGGAUCUCCCUUCCCCGCUAGGGCACUGGGGGAGAAACUGCGGUGACAGCACGGAGUGAAACCAUGGAACCAGGCCUCGCUCGGCCCUGACCCACCAUUCUUUCUUGACUCCAGCCUUGCGCUGGAGCCUCGUGUUCCCGGGUACCGUUCUCAGGUGCGCCCCAGAAGUGAAUACAGCCUACGAUGCUGGAGCAGAAGAUAAGCGAAUACUCAUUACGCUUGCCUUCUCAAGACCAGUCCCCCAGCCUGAAGCAACACAUCCCAUCAUGAAAAACAGGUCAAAACCACCCCUCCCUCCAGGAAGACAUCUGUGGUGGCUGUGUGGGCUGGUGGAAAGAGCACAGGCCCGGAUUCUAACCCUGGCUCCGACUGCCUGCUCUGUGACCUUAGGCGACCGCAGCCCGAGAAGAUGUGCCCGCACGGCCAGGUCGGGCCGGGGCAGGGGGUGGAGGGCAGCUGGGCCUGGGUGGUGCUGGUGGCCACCAUGGUGGCUCAGGGCCUGACCUUGGGCUUCCCAGUCUGCAUCAGCGUCUUCUUCACCGAACUCCAGCAUGAAUUCCAGGCCAGCAACAGUGAGACCUCCUGGUUCCCCUCCAUCCUGACGGCCGUCCUGCAUGCCGGGGGGCCGGUCUGCGGAGUGCUGGUGGAGCAGUUCGGCUGCAGGGUUGCGGUGAUGGCGGGGGGCCUGCUGGCCGGACUGGGCCUGGUGGCCAGCUCCUUCUCCCGCUCCCUUAGCCAACUCUACCUCACGGCCGGCUUCAUCACAGGCCUGGGCGCCUCCUUCACCUUCCAGGCGAGCAUCACCAUACUGGGCUACUACUUCUCCCGCCGGCGGGCACUGGCCAACGCCCUGGCCUCGGCGGGCGUCUCCAUCGGCCUGACCCUCUGGCCCCUGCUCUCCCGUCAUCUGCUGGACUCCCUGGGCUGGCGUGGCUCCUUCCUGGUGUUUGGCGGGGUCCUGCUCAACUGCUGCGUGUGCGGGGCCGUCAUGCGGCCCCUCAAAGCCUCGCCCCCGGAGCACGCGGCCGGCCCGCCGCCCCCCGCCGCCCUCCGGGGUUGCCUCUGGGCCUGUGGCCGGGCCCUGCAGCGAUACCUGGCGUUCGACGUGUUCCGCCACAACCGCGGUUACCGGAUCUACACGCUGGGCGUCGUGUGGAUGGUCAUGGGCUUCGUGCUGCCCCACAUCUACCUGGUGCCCUACGCCAUGCGCCACGGGGUGGACCCGGCCCGCGCCGCCCUCCUCAUCUCCAUCAUCGGCUUCAGCAACAUCUUCAUGCGGCCCGCGGCCGGGCUGCUGGCCGGGAGCCCGGCCUGCGCCGGCCGCCGCAUCCACCUCUUCAGCCUGGCCCUGCUGCUCAAUGGCCUCACCAACCUGCUGUGCGUCACGUCGGCCGACUUCCGCGUGCUGGUGGGCUACUGCCUGGUCUACAGCGUGUCCAUGAGCGGCGUGGGCGCCCUCAUCUUCCAGGUGCUCAUGGACAUCGUGCCCAUGGACCGCUUCCCCAGCGCCCUGGGCCUCUUCACCGUCCUGGAGAGCUGCACCAUACUCAUCGGUCCGCCGCUUGCCGGUCUGCUGCUGGACGCCACUGGAGACUUCAGAUACGUCUUCUGCACAUCCAGCUUUAUCCUGGUGUCCGCCGCGCUGUACAUGGGCAUCAGCUUCUGCCUCAUGCAAAGGAAGGAGCAGCCGGCAGAUACGGGGACCCUCAAGGAGCCGCCUCUGGAGGAGACCCUCCUCCCCGGGGCCGCAGGCGACCUCCCGCCCAAGAAGCCUCCGUCGCCGCUGCCACUCCGCGUGGAGGUCAUGUACGUGACCAGCGUCUGAGCCCGCAGAUCUUAGCCCGGGGUAGUGAGCUUCGGGGCCGGCCCGAGGGCCUCCACCUGCCUGGGUGAGGGCAGCAGCCGCCGUGAGGCAGGGUGGGGAGGGGCGUGGCCAGAGCCCCCUGCCCCCGUGCCGGGUGCGCCGAGGCCACUUCUCUUGGGAUACCUCGGGGCCGCCGGCCUGAUGGCGCUCCAGGGGCUCCAGGCGCCCGGGCCCAGGUGCCCUGAUGGCCGGACUGGAUGAUCGCGAGGUUGGUCGGACCCCUCGGCUCUCCCGGUUGGUGGAGCUGCACCUGGAGCCCGAAGACACCCGCCUGGCACCCCGGAGUGGGCACCCUACCCCACCAUGUUGGGAGCCCCAGGUUCCCCCAUCUGAAAGCUGAGCAGGGCUCAACGAGCCCGGGUCUUGGCUCGGAAGUUUGAGGUCCUGCCAAUCCCGAAUGAAGACAGCGUCAGAGGCCACCGGACACCGGGCAUCACCUUGCCUGGCCUAGCAUGACCAGCUCCCAGCCUCCGGGCACCUGUCAGGCCCCUCCUGACCCCGGUGGGCGGGAUCGGCCUUCUCCGACUCCUCCGGCUGGCGCCACUGCCCCGUCAGCCCCCUCUCCAAGCCUCCCUGGUACGACUGGGCGAUGGCACUGAAUUCCCCCAGCAACCUGGCAGGCCCCAGUGGGCAGGGAGAAGGGCCCAGGAGACCCCAUGUGGGGCAGGGAAGGAGCCAGGGCAGCCCCUGGGGGUGGGGAGGGUGGAGGCCCGCCCCUAGGAGCGCGCGGAAUGGGAAAACUCCAGGAGGCAAGGAAAGGGACCCGGGACAGCCCCGACUCUGGUCCGAGACUGGCCAGGCACAGUCCUGGAAUAAAGCCUGCCUCUCCA